AUGGAGGCAAUAGAGAAAAUGAUUGGAUAUGCAAAGUUUAUGAAGGAUCUUAUCACAAAGAAGAGAACGGUGAGCUUUGAAUCAGCCGGUAACUUGCAUCAUUAUUGUGCAAUCGCCAUUCGCUCACUUAUGUAUAAGAAAGAGGACCCUGGAGCAUUCACUAUACCAUGUACCAUAGGGGAAUUCAACUUUUCUAAGGCAUUGUGCGACUUGGGUGCUAGUAAUAAUUUGAUGCCGCUAGUAGUGUUUCGACAACUGGGCUUAGGAGCCCACAAAUCGACGCCAAUGGGGAUAUUGAUGGCAUAUCGUACUGUGAUGUUUUGUGCACUCAAAGGCCUUGAGUCGCUUAAUCACGCACUAAAGAGACGUGAAUUAAACUUGAAGAAUAGAGCAACCCACCUGUAA